GGCGGGGUUUGACGCAGGAAGCCGCUCGAGCGCCUCAAAAACAAAAGGGAUUCAACGGAACACCGUGCGAUUAAAACGCAUUGAAUGGUUCGCCGAUGAUGUCGACCUUUCCAUCUUCUUCCUCUAAGAGUCUGACCUCCACCCCGCUCAAGUCCAGAGCCGGCGGCCUGCGGCGCAGCAGGAGCCUGGAGUCCACCGGAGACUCGACGUCCUCGCUGCUGUCGCCCAUCUAUCACGACAGCUUUGAGCUUUCGGAGGAGGAACCGGAGUCGGAUCAGCCUCGGGCCGUCCGGAGCAUCACCGCCACGUCAAGCGAAGACGUCGCAGGAAGCUCUCCGUACAGGGAUGGGGUGGACGCAAAAGGCCUGGAAGAAAGAUUGUCAAGUGUGCAGCUCAAACUGAGUGCUUGGGAGCAGUGGAUUGUGGAGAAAGCCAAAGAGGAGCGCGUCAGAAAGCAACAAAAAGCCACAGAGGAGCUCACAUUGAAGGAAAAACAGAAAGAGGUGGAAAAAGAACAGCAGAAGAAGAAAGUUGUCAAUGAUGGCAAAAUUCAAGAGUGGUUGCAAAUAAAAAGAGAACGGGAAAAGAAAGAGAAAAUGUCCAAAGAGUUUCAGAAAAGCAAAGAACAGCUUCAAGAGGAGAACAAACGUGCUGAGAUUGAAAAGAAAGCUCAGGAGAAAUAUAAAGAGUGGCUGCGGAAGAAGAAGCAAGAAGAAACGGAGAGAAAGCUAAGAGAGAAGGAAGAGGCGGCCAGAAGAGAAGCGGAAGAGAGGGAGCGCAAGGAAAAAGCAGAGGAAAGCUUUAAAGAGUGGCUUGAAGGUGUAAAAACAAAAGGAAAGCUGAGCCGACGGUCAUCAGCGUCCUCAGCCGGUCGCGGUAUCCGUGAGCAAACUGCACUUCCCAGAGAUGCAGUGGUGCAGGUGGGCAGGCGACUGGACGACUCGCCUCCAGACGCAGAAAUGCAGUCCGCAGGGCAGGAGGAUGAAGACCGCUGUGACUUUCUGUUCAAGAUCAUCCUGAUUGGUGACAGUAACGUGGGAAAGACCUGCGUGAUCCACAGCUUCAGGUCUGGGCUCUUCAGUGACGGCCACCACAACACUAUCGGAGUGGACUUCACGGUCCGCACAAUAGACAUCGAUGGCAAGAAAGUGAAGAUGCAGGUCUGGGACACGGCGGGGCAGGAGCGUUUCCGCACCAUCACACAGAGUUACUACCGAAGCGCUCACGGGGCCAUGAUCGCGUACGAUCUGACCCGGCGGACCACCUUCGAGUCUCUGCGGCACUGGAUACAGGGUGUGGAGCAGUACGGCGCCGCCAGCGUCGUCUUUGUCCUGAUAGGUAAUAAGUGUGACCUGGAGGCGCAGCGGCAGGUGCUGUUCGAGGACGCGUGCACGCUCGCGGAGCGGACCGGGGCGCUGGCGGCGCUCGAGACUUCCGCCAAACAGCGUCACAACAUCGAGGAAGCCUUCGAGCUGAUGGCGCGCGAGCUCAUCGUGAGACACGGGGGAGGAGUCAGUCAGGACGGCCAAUCAGACUCACCCGCUGUUUUCCUGCACUCAGAUUCUCAUCCAAUAGAUGAAGGAGAACACCUGGAGAGGAGGUCAUGUGACUGCUGACUGACCAGUUAAAAAUCAGGCGCAAAUAUACGUGAACAACUUUCCGCUUUAUUAUUAAACUAGUGCUGUCAAACGAUUAAUCGUGAUUAAUUGCAUCCAAAAUAUUUUUUUGUUUACAUAAUAUGUGUGCUGUGUGUAAUUAUGUGUAUAAACACACACGUACGUAUUUUCCAAAGAUGUUUAUAUAGUAAACCUUUAGAUCUAAAAUCUAAUAAUAUAAAUUAUACAUUAUAAUAUACAUUUAAAUAUGUAUGUAUGUGUGUGUAAUUUUGUGUGGAUAAUAAAUUAAUACAGUACGCAUACAUUAUUUAAACAAAAACGUUUAUUUUGGACGCGAUUAAUCAAUUGAAUCGGACUCGAAACGGACUCGCGAAGCUUCCGGUGUAAUUCUCUUAAAGUUAUAUGACCUGUUCAAAAAAGAUUUUUUUAUAUAUAUUAUUUUAAUGUAUUAUCAUUAUCGUAGACACAGCGAUUUGUUGGUCAAACAGCUUUACCCUUUACCACACUUUGCUAUUUAUGUUUUUAUUUAUACACACACACACACACACACACAUAUACAGAGAGAGAGGCUAAUGAACAGGAAAUCUUGCAUAUUGCACAUUAUAGUCACUAAAAGGUCAUUUGUGUUGCUUAAUCGCGAUCUCACAAUUUUUAUAGUUAUAAUUACGAAAUCUUUCAUUUACACUUUGUUUAUAGACCAAAGAGUAUACUCUUCGGAUGAACCGCGCAGAUUCAAAAACUCCUUUUUAAGCGCCGAUUGGAUUUCAACGCUUCUGAUUGGCCCGCUGCAUUCCAGAAAUCAGCAUAUACGUCUGUGAUUGGCUCAACCGCUCAACGCUGCAAAAACACGUCGCUGUCGCAAACCUUUGGCGCUUCGCCGAGAGCAACCACAAAUGGUGCGCUAAAUGUCGCGCACGUGGCGUAAAAACGAAUCCGACGCCUCAGAAAAUGUAAAAUGCAUUUAAUGAAUUAACUCUGUGAGACAUAUAUACAAGUACAACAUUACGGAUUUCCUCCUGCGUGACAUUUAUUACGCAGCCAGGUUGUGUACAGUACAAUAAAAUGCAUAAAACGCUGCAAACAGUAGGUCAAUAAAUGCAUUCUUUGUUCUUCGUAACACAAUACAUUUAAAGGACUAGAUACGAAUUGAGGAAUUUGUUUAUUACUGAUCUCUGACAGCAUUGUUCUACCAAUCAGUUCAGCUAACGUUGACAUAAAAACAAUGGCAAAUGUGAAACACAGUUGUCAAAGUACUUUUUACCCAGCAUUACAGUUUGACCGAUGCCCGACAUGUAAAACGAUUACAAAACGCAAGCACACGAACUGCGUGAACGAUGCUUGAGAGGUACGGUGUUAUACGGCAAACCAAAGUGUUCACAUUUACACAAACUAACUGAGGCCUUUAACGGCGAAUAUUUCAAAGAACACACACAUAAAAACAACUUCCUCCUGUCAAUGGCAUCGUGUUGUUUCUUCAUGAACUAGUAUGGCUUCAUCGCUAUUUAUGCAUUUAACUAAUAAAAGCCUUUUUUUAUUGGAAAGCGAAUCAUCGCAACAAACGCAAGACUGCCGUAACGAUAAAAUGGACGCAAAACGCCGCAUUUAAAGUUUGGUAUAUUUUAUAUCAGUCUCCAUUAGAAUAAAGUUUAAGUAACUGCAUAAAUAAAAACACAAUUAAUUAAAGGCUGCUUCCGCUUUGGCGUAAAAAGGGAAUCGCGACUUUUGUGUAUUCUAGCGCCGUUCAGCGAUUAAUCGCGAUUAAUCGCAUCUAAAAUAAACAUUUUUGUUUACAUGUUUGGGUUGUACCGUGCAUAUUUAUUAUGUAUAUAUAAACACACACAUGCAUGUCUUUAUAUAUACAUAAUAAAUAUACACUAUAAACACACGUACUGAGUAAACGAAAACUUUUAUUUUGGAUGCGAUCGAUUGUUUGACAGCACUAGUUCCUUCCAGCUGUUGCAUCUUUAUUUCUCAUUUCUUAAACUUGUUCUUAAGGCG